AUGUCGCUCGACCCGCCGGCGUACCUGGUUACCAUCCAGGCCAACAUUCGCACCCGACCGAUAUCAUGGGAAGGUGCAAUGCGGGCAAAGACCAUCACCGAAACUGAUCUCCAGAAAAUCAAGUCAAUCGACAAGGUGCGCAAGGAAGAGAGGAAGAACAAGGUCGAAGGGGAUGUGCAGAGCUUCGUGUCGCUGCUGUUGGGUGGAAACGGAUCGCAGAGCAUCUUCGAGGCGGCAGCGAAACGCCAGGAUAUCGUGCAGUACAUGCUGGUGCUGACCGAGGAUCUGAUAAAUGAUAUUCCCACUCUGACAGAAGCCCUUGUCCAGCACGCCACGCCGUUCAAGCCCUUCCUGCCACUGCUCAAAGCUGGCUCGAAUGCUGAGGACACGAUACCCUUGCUCACAUCCUCCGUCCUCUCCAAGUUCCUAUCCUACGCUCUUGUUCAUUCCACCAAGACCACCUCGCAGAUUGACGAAGCUCUGCCUCAACUAUAUAACUACCUCUCCGCGCUCGCUAAGAGCCAAGAUGCGGGUCUUCAGGACAUCGCUGUCCAGGAGUACUCCGCCGUACUGCGAAACAAGAAGUCGAGAGAACUGUUUUGGAAGCAGAGGAACGAGACACUCAAUCCAUUGAUGGACAUUCUUACCGCGGCAUCUGGCGCUAGCAAAGACCAGGACUCGUCUCUGCGAAGCGGCGCAGCGGGUAGCAUUCGCAGUGUACCGGAAGGCCUCACUGGUGGAGUCGGACUACAAUUGCUCUACCAUGUAUUGCUGGUUGUAUGGCAGCUCAGCUUUGAGGGGGAGCUGGUUGGCGAUGGGCUACAAGACGAACACGAUAUCGUCAUGCUAUAUACCCACCUCCUUCGCAUUUCGCCAAAAGAGAAGACCACGCGUCUGCUCCUAUCAACUCUCCUAAACCUCCUUACCUCGAACCGCCAAACUCUCCUCCCUGCCGCAGUCCUUGCCCGCUUACCAGCCCUCCUCUCGUCACUUAAAUCUCGCCACUUGACCGACGACGACGCGCUUGAGGAUCUCAAGUCCCUCAGUGAACUGCUUGAAGAGUACACCACCACGCAAACAACCUUCGACGAAUACGCUGCCGAGAUCCGGUCCGGUCACCUGCGCUGGUCACCACCUCACCGCAAUCCAGACUUUUGGCGCGACAAUGCUCGCCGCAUCCUUGAAGAGAACAAGGGCGAAUUACCAAAGAAACUGGCCGAAAUCCUCUCCAAGCCAUGGGAAAAUGACAAGCAGGUACUAGCCAUCGGGUGCAAUGACGUCGCCGCUUUGGUGAAGGAGGUGCCUGAAAAGCGAUCCCAACUUGAGAGGCUAGGUCUGAAGGGCAGAGUGAUGGCGCUGAUGCAAGAGGCGGACGAGAGUGUGCGGUGGGAAAGCUUGAGGGCUGUUGGCGAGUGGCUACGCUACAGCUUCGAGUCGAAGGAUGUACCAAUGCGGUAA